AUGCCAAUAGUAUCGGGUUUGUGCUAUCUCACUUCCCAACAAAUCGUGCAUCGCGAUCUUGCGGCUAGAAAUUGCCUCGUCAGUGGAGAGAGCGAUCUUCGGUGUUGUUUACCAUCUCAGAGACCAUCAAUUACAGUGAAGAUCUCGGAUUUCGGAAUGUCUCGGCGACUGUAUGGUCAAGCUGACUACUACAGAAUGCACAAUCAUUCUCUCUUGCCCGUUCGUUGGCUGCCUCCCGAAGCAAUCAAUGACUGCAAGUUCAGCAGCAGCAGUGAUGUCUGGGCACUGGGAGUCACGAUGUGGGAAGUCUUCAGCUAUGGAGAAGUUCCUUUUGCGGAACUUAACAACUUCGAAAUGGUUUCGUGUGCUAUGGCUGGUAUGUAG